CAAUUCCGACUGAGGAGCGCGAGGCAGCAGCAGGGCGAAGCGGGGGAGCAUGAAGGAGCCGCGGAGAGGCUGCGCUAUGUUUAAUGAGAAAUAAACCACAUGUCGUUUCAGUAGCAGCUCACAAGUCCGUUCGUUGUUGGGGACAUCCUCGGGCCCGUUGCUGUUGUUUCGAAGUUUUUUUGUUUGUUUUUUUUUUUAAACCGGAGAAUAUCGCCAACUCGGGAAGCCCCGGGUUAGUGGUUGGGAUGUUGGCGGCGGAAAACGCACCUGUGGACGCAGCAUCUACUCCCCGCAGAAGAGGCAUGGAUUGUAAGUCAAGUAACGAUGCCAACAAGAAACUUAUCCAAGCUCGCCUCCCAUUCAAGCGCCUUAACCCUGACCCUAAAGAGAACCAGCUGCCAAAGCGCCCCUGUGCCCAUGCUUGCCCUGAACCUGAAGUCUCAGACAGGGAGAAUGAAAAUGAGUCUUCUCCACUCUCUGUGCGCAGCAGACCGCCUCUGGUUAAUGGUCGGGGGCCACUUGAUGGCUUCCUGAGCCGCAGAUGCCCUGCAGGACCCUCAGAUGAGAACAUGAUUAUAGAUCUGACUGAGGACACCUCAUCUCCUGUAAAGCGAUGUGUUUCACCUGCCUCUGCCUCUCCCUGCCUCCCAACAAAAGACAAGCAUCACUGCAAAGACAAAAGUGCCUCAUCUAAGAAAUCCGCCAAUGUGGAUGACACUCCUAAAACACACACUUUAGACUGCAUAAUAAUGAGCGAUGUUGAAGUAGAAGAGAUGGAAGACAAAGAUCAGACAGAAUCUCUUUCGCAGCUUGACACAACUCAGGAUUCUGACAGUGAUCCUGAGGAGCAGAAUAUGUCAGCAAAUGUUUCUAGUUUGGGAAAUAAGUCCAUGCAGUCCACCUCAUCAGCCAGCUCCAUGUCCGAUAGCUCACCAGAGAAGUCCAAGACUGAUAACCCCACGCCAACUACAACACCUACAGAGCCAAAGACCACCCCCAAGAUACCAGCAGAGCAGAAAAUGGUGAAGAGGCGCUCACUGAAGAGUUUGCAAGAACAAGAGGAGAGGCUUCGACUGCGGCAGGAGAAGGAACGCCAGAAAGAAGAGGCCAAAGCUGCAAAAGAGAAAAAGAAAGAAGAAGCUCGCAAACUAAAAGAGGAACGAGAAAGGGAAAAACGGGAGAAAAAGGAAAAAGAUAAUCGAGAGAAACAAGAGAAAAAAGAGAAGGAGGAGAAGGAAAAGGCAGAGAGGCUAAAAGCAAAAGAAGAUCUGCGGAAAGCUAAGCUGGAUGCCAAGCUUGAAGAAAAACGGAAGAAAGAGGAGGAGAAGCGAAUGAAGGAAGAGGAGAAGCGGUUGAAAGAAGAGAAAGAUCGCCUUAAAGCUGAGAAAGCAGAAAUUACACGGUUUCUGCAGAAACCCAAGAUCCAACAGGCUCCAAAGACUCUUGCAGCUGCGUGUGGGAAGUUUGCUCCAUUUGAGAUAAAAGAAAACAUGUAUUUGGCACCACUGUGCCGGGUUCAGUGUGAGGAAUCUGUUCUGGAGGAACUGGACCAGUGUUUGUUGAAUCCUCCUGAUAACUUGAAUGGACUGAAAGAUUGGAUUGGGCAAAAACCCAGACGGUCAGGACCCACCAAACCCAGGCAGACAGAAUCACUCAGGGAGUGUAUAGCAGUGGAAGGCCCAAAACCAGAUGGUGUACCGGACCGGAAACGUUAUGGACCCAUGAAGCUGCUCAAAUUCCAUGAGAACUACCGUCCAGCGUACUGGGGCACCUGGAGUAAGAAGAGCUCACACAUCUCGCCUCGCUGUCCCCUCAGACAAGACAAGGACUUGCUUGACUACGAGGUGGACAGUGAUGAAGAGUGGGAGGAAGAAGAACCAGGAGAGUCCCUGUCUCAGAGUGAAGGGGAAGAUGAGGAGGAAGGAGGUGAAGAUGACGACGACGACGAUGACGGCUUCUUUGUUCCUCACGGCUACCUUUCAGAUGAUGAGGGGGCACUAGAAGAAGAGGAGGGAGGAGACCUGGAGAAGCAAAAACUGCGUCAGAAACUGAAAGCGAGGGAGUGGGAUGAGCUCAUGUCCACCAAGAAGAAGAUGAAGGUGCUGGAGCCGGUGGUGAGGGGCUGCGUUUGGGAGGGAGAAGGACUUGGUGUGGAACUUUUCCAGCCUUAUGCUGUGUGUCUGGUAGAGCCUUUGCCCAAAGCAGACACCAGCCCGAGCCCAGAGGAGAGUCAGAGAGAAGCACAGUUACUCGGUCAGCUGCUGCCUCUCCUGCAUGGCAACUUGAACAGCUGCAAAGUGAUCAUCACCGAGUUUCAGGAGUUUUGUCGUCAGCAGACCUCUUCCUCAUCAUCACCUCCUGAUCCGUCCAGCCCUCAGAGCCCGGCAGAAAACAUUCCCACGAGAAUACGGCUGAGGCGCCUCAUCAAGAACAAUGCUGUUUAUGAGAAGCGCUCGACCUACAGACGCUGCUGCUGGUAUGUGCACACUGAGGUACUGUGCCGUUUCGGCCAGGAGACUCUCCCAGUACCCUGCCAGUGGACCUACCUCACCACAGGAGCCCGAGAAGACUCCCGUGAAGAACCCCAGGCAGCCACAGGCUCCCAGGGAAACUCUCCCACUACACCCCAGACCUCCUCCACUACGUCCUCGUCCUCCAACAAAAGGAAGAGCACAGGCAGCAUGUCAAUCACCAAGUUCAUGAAGAAGUGCACCGAUUCUGAGCAGACGGAAGCAAUGGAGGCCGAUGGUUUUCAAGCUGACACUGAGGAUGAUGAUGAUGACGACUGUGUCAUUAUCUCCACACAGGCUGGCCCAACUGCAGGGAAGUCCUCCAGCAAGGUAAAUGGUCUAAUGGAAGUCACCCCUUCUGACACAGCUGCUCUGCCUGAAGCCAGCUCUGCUCAAACACUCAGCACUGCCUGAAGAUGAGACAGGUCGUCUUCUCUAACCAAUUUGCCCCAUUUCCCUCAUUUAUUCUCCUUCCUGGUUCUGAACUCGACUGCGUCCAAGACUCCAAGAAUCAAGUGUUCAAGUAAGAUGAAGCUCCAAACUCUGGUCGAGGCAGCUGGCAGCAGGUGACAUCUGCUAAGAAUUAUGAGUCCCUCUCAUCUAAUUAUUUUAUAAAGGAGCCAGUGGCUCUUUCCAGUAAAAGUUGUGCAUAAAAUCAGAGUGACUGGCUUGAUUAUUGAGGGCUGAUUUGGCCAGUGUUCAUCAUCAUGUCUGUCAGGUUUGUCAGACGUGUUCAGCCCGAGCCUUUUGAAGCGAACGUCUGGCUUUAGCUACUGCAGAUUGGGUUGAACAGAGAGGAAGAGCAGAAACAGAAAUGGCCAAUUUUCAUGAGGAGCAUCAAGAAUACCUUUAUUUACGGUUUUUGGAAAUUCAUGAAGUUAUUGGUUUUCUCAUGGUCUAAAUGUAUAUAGUUUCCCAGAAGUGAGAGGUGGGAAAUGAGAGGCUAAAAGUCCAUCUGUACAUUUUCCUGUGAUUUCAAUGGGUGCAUUUAUUCUGCAAUUUCUAAUUCUGAUAACUCGCUGGAGUAGUUGUUAGAUCUGUACUUGUACAGUUAGAUCGAGCGUCACGAUGUUUUAUAAAUAUGUAUUUUCUGUAUUUUUCGAGAAUACUUGAACAGGAUACAUUCAUUAAACCUGAAUAAAAGUACUGCACUUUUA